AUGCUUGAGUGUCACCAUUGGUUGCAGCACAAGGAAGUUUACGGCCCCAUCAGUUCCGUCACAGUGCUAGGGCAGACCUUCAUCAUCAUUAACGACCCUGAGAUUGCGUUCGAGCUGUUGCGCGAUCGCUCGGCGAUUCAUUCUUCGAGACCUAGCCAAACCUUCAGCGGUGAUAUGGUAGGAUGGCGGCAUGCCACUGCGAUGACUCCGUACUCCGCUGAAUGGAAGAUCCAACGCAAGAAUAUUACCAAGAUCGCGAGCACGAACGUUUCCGUAUCAGUAUUCGAUAAAGUACAAGAGACAGAGGCCGCGCACUUCUUGCUCAACUUACUGGAGUCGCCCGACAAGCUCUUUGACCAUAUACGAAAAGAGGCAGGCAGUGUUAUUCUGAAGAUCACAUAUGGCUACAACACUGUAGCAAGCGGCAACGACCCUUUCGUCGAUAUGGCUGCUAAGACCAUGGAGCAGUUCGCCGAUGCUACGGUUCCCGGGAAGUGGUCGGUAGAUAUCUUCCCCUUCCGUGAGUAUCGCUUCCUGAUGAUUAAUAUGGCUUUUGACGUCGGCUAG